AUGUCGGGGCUCAGCCACUUCGAGACCGAGGGCUGCCGUAACCUGCUUGCCCUACUGGACGAUGACGACAUCAUGGCCCUCUGCGACACCGUUACCAACCGCCUGGUACAGCCUUUGGACCGCCAAGAUGCUAUUCAUGCCAUAUUAGUGUAUAGCCAAAAUGUAGAAGAACUUCUGAGGCGCAAAAAAGUCCACCGAGAAGUGAUAUUCAAGUAUUUGGCAGCACAAGGAGUAAUCGUACCUCCAACUUCUGAAAAGCACAAUCUUAUUCAGUAUGCGAAAGGCUACUGGGAAAAUCAGCCACGGAAACUGAAGGAGGCAUUGGAGCCAGUUACAAACACCGAGGACAUCCAGCACUUCCAACAACAGGAAAAAGAAUAUAAAAAACCUGAAAAGAUCGAUUUUCGCCGCUUAGGAGAAGAAUUCUGUCACUGGUUCUUUGACCUUCUUAAUUCUCAGAAUCCUUUCCGGGGACCCCCUCGAGAUCAAUGGGGCCCGCAACACUUCUGGAACGAUGUUAAGCUCAGGUUUUAUUACAGCACCUCAGAACAAAAUGUUAUAGACUACUAUGGAGCAGAAAUUGUGAGCCUUCGCUUACUUUCAUUAGUGAAAGAGGAAUUUCUUUUUCUCAGUCCUAACCUCGAUUCUGAAGGAUUAAAAUGUGCUUCUUCUCCCCAUGGAUUAGUUAUGGUUGGAGUUGCGGGGACCGUCCACCGAGGAAACACCUGUUUAGGCAUAUUUGAACAAAUUUUUGGACUUAUUCGUAGUCCUCUUUCGGAAAAUACUUGGAAAAUCAAAUUUAUCAACCUGAGAAUUGUUGGAGGAAGUUCUCUUGCUCCUGGAUGUUCAAUGAAACCAGCUGUUACAUUCGAACAGAGUGAUCUGGAGGCCUUUUAUAAUACAAUCACUUUGGAUAAUAACCCUGAAGUAAGAUCUAAUGAAAAGCAGGCAUUGGACAGUGAGACUGGAGACCAGGCUUUAUGUAGUGGAGGAGAUGAGGCACUGUUGAACAACAAGGAAGAGAAUUCGCCUAACCCUCUAUAAAGCACCGAGCACUGUCCGUCAGCCUAAAAACAGCGCUGAUCAUCUCGAAGUGAUUGUAGAUGUGAGGAUUGACAUACUUUAGCUGAAAUACCUUUUCGGACUACAUACUAAUGUGAAUACUUGCCUGUUUCUGCCUGAGUAACAACAAAUAUUCUGAGAACAUCUUGCGGUCCACCAAAU